AUGUCAGACGCGCAGCAGGCCACAGAGCCCUUGCUGCCACACGCGACCAGCGCACGAAAAUCAAAGAAAGUAGUCGUUUUCAUCGUGUGUGCAGUGCUUCUCCUCGCUGUCGACUUUGGAUUCUACAUGUCCAACGCGCCACAGCUGGCAGUUUUCGAAGACAUCAUCUGUCGAAAUUACAAAGAGACUCUUCAUCGCACGGGCGAUGCCCUGACACCCAGCUUGGUGGAGGGAAAUCCCUGCAAAUCCGAGGCGGUGCAGGGUGAAUUGGCCCUCGUGAUUGGAUACAAAGAUACUUUCGAUGUGCUGCCUGGCCUUCUUCUCUCACUGCCAUAUGGCGUUCUUUCCGAUCGCUAUGGACGGAGGCCCUUCUUGUACCUCGGCCUGCUGGGCAUCGUGCUUGGGGAGGUCUGGGUGAGACUUGUUUGUCUAUGGUCAAAUGUCAUCCCCCUUCGGAUGGUCUGGCUGUCAGCCCUCUUCAAAGUGAUUGGCGGCGGUGACGUGGUAAUUACUGCGAUCGCAUUGGUCAUAGUCGCCGACGUGUUCUCCGAGGAUGAAAGAUCUACGAAGCUAUUCCAGCUCCAAUCGUGCAUCUUCGUAGCUGAGAUUCUAGCAGCCCCACUAAGCGCGUACCUGAUGACCAAGGGCCCGAUGUUCCCCUACUUGUUAUCACUCGGUUUGAUCCUCGUGGGAUCCAUACCGGCUAUCUUUCUCCCAGAGACCCUCGAGGAUGCAAUAGCAAAACGAACCAAGCAAGCAGAGCCAGACCAGCACGGCCCAGUCGAGCCUCAAGAAUCCGAUAAGAGAACGCUGAUCAAAGAGCUAAUCCGACAAGCCCGCGAGUUCGGAGACUCGACACGAUUCAUUUGGUCUGAUCUCAACGUCUGCCUCAUGGUCCUCGUGCUUUUCGUCACCGUCAUGAGCCGACAAUGCACAAACCUCCUCCUACAAUACGUAUCGGCCAAGUUCGAUUGGAGUAUCGGUCGCUCCAGUCUCCUAAUAUCAUUGCGGGGAAUAUUUGCCCUGGUAACAUACUUGCUCCUCAUGCCAGCCGUGACUUUCCUAGCGGCCAAGUAUCUCAACUUGCACGGCAAGCGAAGCGACCAUAUCAUGAGCAAGGGCAGUGGAAUACUCUCUGUCAUUGGAUUUAUCGCUGUCUUCAUCGGCCCCAACCCUGCCUUCUUGAUCGGCGGUCUGGUCAUCUUGUCCAUCGGCUCGGCGUUCAUGGUAACGACGCGCAGUCUAGCGACUUCACUCGUACUCCCCGACCAUGUCGGUACCUUGUAUUCAGCGAUCGGAAUCGCCCAGGGCGUGGGUCUUCUUGUUUCGGGUCCGUUGUUCGCCAACCUCUUUCGGCUGGGCCUGCACCUCGGCAAGGCAUGGAUGGGGCUUCCGUUCCUGAUGGCUGCGGUGUUUUUCUUCUUUGCUGUGGUGGCUGUCUGGAACGUCAAGUUCGAGCAAUCACGCGCGACCGACGAGGAGCAGGAGCCUUUAUUAUCUUAG